AUGGAUGAUGAGUAUGAUGUGAUUGUUCUUGGGACUGGUCUCAAGGAGUGUAUCCUUAGUGGUCUCCUCUCUGUCGAUGGCCUCAAGGUACUGCAUAUGGAUAGAAACGACUACUAUGGAGGAGAAUCAUCAUCUCUUAACCUCACUCAACUAUGGAAGCGUUUCAGGGGAAGUGACACUCCUCAAGAAAAUCUUGGAGCUAUCAGAGAAUACAAUGUCGAUAUGAUCCCAAAGUUUAUAAUGGCUAAUGGACUCCUUGUUCAAACCCUAAUUCACACCGAUGUCACCAAGUAUCUUAACUUCAAAGCCGUUGAUGGUAGCUUCGUCUACAAGAAGGGCAAGGUAAUCUAUAAAGUCCCAGCCACUGAUGUGGAAGCCCUAAAAUCGCCACUGAUGGGACUAUUCGAGAAAAGACGUGCGAGAAAGUUCUUCAUCUAUGUGCAAGACUACGAUGAGAAGGAUCCUAAGUCUCACGAAGGACUUGACCUUAGCAAAGUCACUGCUAGAGAGAUCAUCUCGAAGUAUGGACUUGAGGAUGAUACUAUUGACUUCAUCGGCCAUGCCUUAGCGCUUCACAAUGACGAUGACUACUUGGAUCAACCGGCUAUUGAUUUUGUAAAGAGAAUCAAGGUAAAGAGCGUUUUCUUUUCUUCCACAACAAGGCAAUGCUCUGAUCUGAAUGUUUUGUUAUGUGGUGAGAAGCUCUACGCUGAAUCAUUGGCUCGGUUCCAAGGAGGAUCUCCUUACAUCUACCCAUUGUAUGGUCUAGGAGAGUUGCCUCAGGCUUUUGCGCGUUUGAGCGCUGUGUAUGGAGGGACUUACAUGCUAAACAAGCCUGAAUGCAAGGUUGAGUUUGAUGGCUCUGGAAAAGCAAUCGGUGUCACUUCUGCAGGGGAAACUGCUAAAUGCAAGAAAGUUGUCUGUGAUCCUUCUUACUUGUCUGACAAGGUUAACAAAGUAGGGAAAGUGACUCGAGCGGUGUGUAUAAUGAGCCAUCCUAUUCCAGACACCAACGACGCUCACUCUGUUCAAAUCAUUCUUCCUCAGAAGCAGCUCGGUCGCAAAUCAGACAUGUACUUGUUCUGUUGCUCAUACGCUCACAAUGUAGCACCAAAGGGAAAAUACAUUGCUUUUGUCUCUGCAGAAGCUGAGACUGACAAUCCUGAAGAAGAGCUUAAACCUGGAAUUGAAUUGCUUGGACCUAUUGAUGAGAUCUUUUACCAUUCUUAUGACACAUACGUUCCAACCAACAAGGAAGAAGAAGACAACUGCUUCAUCUCCGGUACUUAUGAUGCAACAACACAUUUCGAGAGUACAGUGUUAGAUGUACUAGAGAUGUAUACCAAGAUCACUGGAAAGACUCUUGAUUUGUCUGUGGACUUGAGUGCUGCCAGUGCUACUGCAGAGAAUUGA